CCUUCGGCACCCUGAGAGUGACAGAAGCGCAGUUGAGUUUGAACUGAGAGCGGAGCAGCGCUGCAGUCUAUUGUAGAUUAACAAACCCACUCCACUCUCCACCCUCAGAAAUGGCUGACCAACUAACAGAGGAGCAGAUUGCUGAGUUUAAGGAGGCGUUCUCCUUGUUUGAUAAGGAUGGUGAUGGAACUAUUACGACUAAAGAACUGGGCACAGUGAUGCGCUCUCUUGGGCAGAAUCCAACAGAGGCUGAAUUACAGGACAUGAUCAAUGAAGUGGAUGCUGACGGUAACGGAACCAUUGACUUUCCUGAGUUUUUGACAAUGAUGGCCCGGAAAAUGAAAGACACCGACAGUGAGGAGGAGAUCCGUGAGGCGUUCCGAGUGUUUGACAAGGAUGGGAAUGGCUACAUCAGUGCAGCAGAGCUUCGCCACGUCAUGACGAACCUGGGUGAAAAGCUUACAGAUGAAGAGGUCGACGAGAUGAUCAGAGAAGCCGACAUUGACGGCGAUGGUCAGGUCAAUUACGAAGAGUUUGUACAGAUGAUGACGGCAAAGUGAAGCUCUUCUGUUCUCUACUGACCUCUUUAGAAGACAAAAAAAAAAAAAAUAUAUAUAUAUAUAUAUAUAUAUAUAUAUAUAUAUAUAUA